AUGACUGAGACUCGUGUUGUUCCAAGCGGAAAGAUUUACCGGCAAAUGUUUGACGCUCAGGCUCACUUGUCACUGUCUCUUCAUGAGGGGAAGAGGAGGAGGCAUGCUGCACAUGCAGGUUGUUUGAGUGAGGACAACACCGUUAGUGGAAACACAGGUACUGGAUACCAUUUGCAUCCUCUAAGGAGUCAAAAUGGGGAUGAGCAGUGCUCUGAGGACAUCAUGAGAAACCAGCUGUUUUCUGGAACAAAGUCUUUAUUAAGUGUGAACCAGGUUGAUCAUGAAGAGAUCAGAGGACUGCCUGACAGAGUUGUUUCUAUAAAGACCGACUCAGACAUCAUUGAGCGGCUCAUUGAGAAAAAACAAAGGGACCACACAGAAGCUGUCACUCAGCUUCAGAUGGAUUUUACUGAGCUCAGUGUGGGGUUUGAGUCAUUGUUAAUAGACACUGGAGAAGAUUUCCUUCUCAAACUCUCAGAAUAUGAUGAGGAAGUGGAGAGACUGAUGCAGAAAACAGAACACAGUGGAGAUUUAAUAGCCUUCAGCUAUCAGGAUCUACAUGAGAUUUGGACCUCUGUGAGCCAUAAAUCUGCUAUGAGGAGAAAUUGUAUCCAGGAGUUGGAUGAGCUCUUUGUCAAAUAUGAGAGUGAAAGAGCAGCAGUGAUCACUGCAAUCCUAAGCAAAUACACAAAAAAGCUUGAAAAAAUCAGUUAUGUUAUGCCAAGUGAUGUCCACAGACUUAUUAAUAAUGAAGCUAUGAUGAUAAAUCAGGCAUUACUGGCCAACAGACGAGCUGUUGCAAAAUUGCAUUUGAACCUGAUGGAGAAGAAUUUGCAGAAAGAGGUUCAGUGCCACUUCAGAUGGGAGACAAAUCUUCAGAACUGGAAAAAAAUCAAGGCCGUCGCUGAACUUAGCCAGUUUAAAGACUUUAUGAACAGCCCUGAGACUCAAAACCCUAAAAAUGUACAAGAGACUUUAAACACCAUGCGGACAAAACAAAAAGCAUACAGCAAACAGCGCCUCAACAUCCUGGAGCAAGUCAGAAAUAUGACCCCACCAAACUGUUCAAAGUCAUUAGCUGCUGAAUGGUACUCCUCUUUAUCUUCGGUGAAUGAGCAAAUUGAUUUCACGCACACAGAGACCAUGACAAAACUGCAUGAAUAUUAUGAGAGUGCCUGGCAAGACUGUUACCUGGAAGUUGGACGCUUUGAGACUAAAGUGUCUAGCUAUGGAGUCACCUCAGAUGAGAUACAGCACAUUGUUAAUAGUGAGAUGGUGCCUCUUAUUGGCAAGUGCCAGACUCAAGCAGAGGAGCAUUUACAAGCAAUGAAAAAAACAUUUGACGCUUUGUCCAAAACUGCUGCGUUCUUGAGUAAGUUUUUGUUCGAGUUUGUGCAUGGAGCAGCUAACGUUUGGGAGGUACACAGUGCACAUCUGCAGGGGGUAGAGCAGCAGCUGCAGGAUUCACUCAAAGAAGUCAGCAAGAACUUUGAAGAAAAGAAUCAAAAAAAAGAGGCUCAGCUGGAUGUGAUGAUGGACAAACUCAGGCAGGAAAGUACAGAAAAGGCCCUCAAAACUAGAAUGGAGCAGAUCCUUCACCUUUUAGAGGAAAUUAAAGAAGGGUGUACCAAUUUCUAUAAGCAAGGAGUUCAUAGAGUGGAGAGUUAUCCUGAAAUGGUCCUUAAAGAAAUACAUGCAUACAGCAUAGCAGUCAGUCAGUACUUCAAAGUCAAUGAAGUAUACAGUCAGGAUGCUGAGGAGCUUCAGAUACUUUAUCCUGCAUUUAUUCCUAUUGCAUUUCACAUAUCUUGCAUAAAGAAGUCAUCACCCUCAGAGAAUGUUGAUUGUUUCUCACAGGAUAACAGAGACUCUCAGAACAAUGAAACAUUUACUACUUUAAAGGGAAAUGUCUACAGCUGCCCUGUCAUACAUGAUGAUGAUGAUGAAGAGCAUUUGAAUGCUAUGGAAGUGGAAGCGGCUUUGUUUCCAAAAAGUCUUAUUGUUGAAUUGCAAAGAAAUGUGAGAGAGGAAUUCUUUAAUCACCUUGAGGAGAGGAAUCAGGAGGUUCUGAAUCACACAGUGACCAUUGUGGAAGCUAAAAAAGAGAAGCUGAGGUCUGAACUAGACCUCCGCCUCCAUCUCCAUCAGUCUCGAGCCAAGAGGAUUGAAAUGGACGUUCACAAUGUCCGGGCAGCUGAAUUGAUCUUGCAUCAAGAUCGUGUGGAUAGACACUGCAACGGUGUUCUACAGGCUCUUGCUGAUUUGCGAUCUGACUUCAACAGCUUCCAGGUCACACAGCGCGAAAUAAAUGAAAACUUUCGUACAAAAAUCUACAGAAUGGAAGACACAUUAUACACUGCUACCAAGUCUGACAUGCUGGUAAAACUCAGGGCUUCACUACAAAUCACCUUCGAUAAACACAUCAAUGAAAACCAGGAAUUACAGAGGCAGUUUAGACAAAAUCUGGAGAUCAGAUUAGAGGGUCUUAGAGAGGCCAAUGCAAAAUUAAUGAAACUUUUCAAGCUGUUUGCUGAAGGUGGUAAUUUUACCCCCGAAGAGAUUGAGCAAUACAGAAAGCAUCUGGAAAAGAUGGCUAAGUGCAUUGACACAGCUGAUGCGGCUCUAAUGCAGGACAUGGAGGGCACAGAGUCUAAAUGCCUGGACAAGGCAAAAGAGGUCAUCAGUAUGUUUGAAGAGAAGCUCCAGUCUCUAAAAGUGGAUCUAAUGUUUCUGGAGAAAAUCCAAAGAGUACUCACAAACACCCAAGUCCAGAUUAAGUCAGAGGCCAUGAAGAGCAACACUCACAAAAAAAUUAUCAACACUGUGAUGAAUGAACUGAAAGAGAGGGUCCAUGCCUACACCCAAAGCAGCCUGGAUAACAGGGUAACAUCUGGUGACAUUUUUAGUUCAACUUCAUCCCUGAUAGGAGAACUCAGAAAGAGAAGUCAGUAUUUGGACUGUUAUCUGAACCCUUCGAUGGCUGUUCCACUGCCUGAUGCUCCUCUGCAGGGGGCUUUUGCCGUGGCUGCACGUCUACGGUCCCGUAAGCAGGAGAAAGGGGGGAGCCCCUGCUCAGAUCCCCUUCUCCAGCCCAGCUGCAUGGGAGCUGCCUUCAUGGAUGACAAAGCAGUGGAGGUGAUCAGAGGACUGCUAAGUAUAAGCAAACCUCAGAGCUGCCAAGAGUUCAGUGAGGAGUUUAAAGAGACAAACUCGGCAACAGUAACAGCUUCUGUCCGUCCAAGCCCACUACCAGGGUCUGGUCAAAGAUCAGGGAAGAAUAGGAACCUGUCCGGCUUAGGGUCUCUGCGCAGGAAAUCAGCUGACUCACUCAACUCACACAGUGUGAGGAGGAUGACCAGACCUACACGGUUUGAUCAGAGAUUCCAAGUAUUUGGCCCUAAACCUGAUGAUCAAAAGGAAACCCUCACUUUUAAGGGCUUCAUCACUAACAUUCUGUGGGAAGCCAAUGACCUUCUCCUUCAGGUGGCUGAGGAAUUCUACAAGAAAAAGGGGCGCCAAUUAGUCAGCCGUCCUCAGUAUAUUCUGGAAUCAUUUGAGUUGUGUGCUGAGGACAUGAACAAAAGACUCCUUGUCUAUCAGAGCCAAUCUCAUGAGUACCACCAUGGCUGUGUACAAGAGUUCUGUAAGCAGUUGAAAGCCAUUGAGGAGAUUGUCUGUGAUAUACCUAAAGCGCUUCUAACAAAACUGAGGGAUCAGCAUUUGGAGGACCUGAGCAAGAGUUUGUCCCUCAUCCGUCAGCAGUUUAAACAGACUCAGCAACAAAGUGAUCAACAGAGGAGAAAACACAGGGGUCAGCUGUCUGUACGUCUGAGCCACCCGGCUUGUGAAGAAGAACUGAACAGGCUGGUUACAGCUGAGGAUGACAGGCAGGAGGAACAGAGGAAGGCUAUUGAGAAUAACAGACUGGAACUCCAGGCCUGCAUUAAGAAGAAUGCAGAUGAGUUUGUGACUGCACUUGCCACAUUGACAGAGAGUUUACUCUUCCAGUUUGACAACAUACUGACUGUCGAUGAGAUCCAAGGUGGAUCAGUAGAACCACAGCGGGAAAGCAUCACAAAACCUGUUCGUCAAACACAAGCAGGUACUCUACAGGAGGAGCAUGAUAAGAGACAUUUAUUGGCGAGAGGGAGCAGAGCAUGGCCAGGCAUCAGUUACCUUGGAACCACCGAUGGUUCAUCUGUCAAGCAACAGAAACAAAAGACCACCACCAUCACUACAGCUAAAACUACAUUGGCACAGCUUAAGGUUAUGGAGGUUCGAAAUGCACUGCAUCAGAAUUAUGAGCAGAGAAUCAUGGGGGAGUUUGAGUGCGUGCAGAAAUUCAGGCAGGAACAGGAGGCAGAGAUGUUCCAUUGGCAAGAGCACUGGAGAGAAGAACUGAAGACCCUUGCUACACUCAAAGCAGAAUGACUGAGUGACUAGCAGAUCUUCUGUGUCAGGAAUGAUCCUGAAACCAACAAAUUCCCUGUCUGUCCUUCAAAAACAAGCACAAUGUUACCUUCUUGAUUAGAGAUGUCUUUUCUUAAUCACUAUAGAAUAAGAUGAAUGAGUUGCACAAAGACUAGCAUUGCUGCCUCAGCUUUUGGGUUUUGCAUGUUCUCCUCCUGUGUGUUUCAUUUGGAAAUCCAUUCCUUCAGAUGUACUGGAGUUCAAGUCAGGGUAUAUUGCCACCUCAAGCCAAGAUAAGCUCCAGGGGUCUCAUUUAUAAAGCGUGCAUACGCACAAAACGGGGCUGGAAACGUGCGUACGCCAGUUUUCGCGUAAAGGUUGUGAUCUAUAAAAAACAAACUUGACGGAAAAAUGUAUGCACCUUUAAGCAAACUUUGAGACGUGCGUGCGCACAUUCUGGAGACAAAAAGAAUUGGCGACACAGAUGGUGAGGUCGUGAACUAAAGUUAGAUUGUAGAAAAUACAUGUGAGAAGAACGAUUAUAAGAAUGAAUGACAUUUAAUUUUCACUCCAUUUCAUACGUUAUUACCACAUUAUCAUGAAGAAAUCCAACAGUUUUAUUUGUGCCGAUUGUUUUAGGCUAUAUACAUCUAGUAAAAUCCAAACGUAAUUCAAAAUGUAUUAAAAAUAAAAUAAUAAUAAUAAUAAUAAUAAUCAGCUCUACUCCGUACAGGGUGUAUCCUGCCUUGAUGCCCAAUGACGCCUGAGGAUAGGCACAGGCUCCCCGUGACCCGAGUAGUUCGGAUAAGCGGUAGAAGAUGAAUGAAUGAAUGAAUAAUCAGCGCUGCCUUACAGUCUCAUUGUCCACAACGGGAGCGCAGGAGGAGAUGGCUCGACUACAUGUAAUACAAAAUAGCAUGAAAUACCCUUUUAUUAGAGAACUGCAGAACACAGUGUAAAAACGAAAUAUUUUCCUUAAUGUACAUAUAGCUAUCAUAAAAUGUCAAAGUCUGCAAGUACAGUCAUGAAGCACAAUCGCUACUCAUCAUCGGUCCUAAUUACUGUGUUCAUUACAAAACCGUCAUGAAGAAGCAUGUGUUCACUAUAACAUUUUCGUCUUAAAAUUUCACCACAAAUUAAUUCUGUGAUCUUGUCAAGGUGUUAACGAUCAGUCUAAUUGCUAGAAACAUAUAAAUCCUCCGGUGACCCGGGUAUGUAAUGCUUCAUGAUGGCACUGCUGGCACUGUUGGAGGAUUACGCCAAUGGCAGAAUAAGGAGAGAACGAGUUUUCAGGGACAAUGAUGAUGACUGGCUAAUAAGCCGAUUUAGAUUCCCUAGAGCUGUGCUCUUAGAUCUAUGUGCUGAAUUGGGUCCAGUAUUAGAUAGGGCAACACGCCGGAACCAUGCCAUCCCAGUCCAAAUUACAAGUCCUCACCACUUUGGGGUUCUUGGCAACCGGCUGUUUCCAGCGGGAAUUGGCAGACAGGUAAAUUAUUUAUAUAUAAAAAAAAAAACUAUAAGUAAUCCUCAACUUUGUGUCUAAGACCUUUUUGUAUAUGAAAUAAUUCUAUUGGAAUCUAUCAUCUCACCCCUAUAGGUCUGGUAUAUCACAGCCGUCCCUGAGUGCCAUAAUAUCUGUCUUUUUGAAUGGUAUACUUAAUAUGGGUAGUCGAUACUUCAGGUUCCCCUACACUGUGCGAGAACAGGCCGAAAUUAAAAUGCAGUUUGCAGCAAUGUCUGGUUUCCCAAAUGUAAUCGGCGCAUGACUGCGCUCAUGUUGCUAUAAGGGCACCAUCUGAAAAUGAAUUUGCUUAUGUUAAUAGAAAGCAUGUGCAUUCUAUUAAUGUGCAAAUCAUAUGUAACUCCAACAUGACCCUCACAAACACUGUGGCACGCUGGCCUGGUUCAACACAUGAUUCCUUUAUCUUGACACAUAGCAGUGUAGGGAACAGACUAAAUGCAGGCGCAGUACAUGAUGGCUGGCUUCUUGGUGAGUUUAACAAUAUUAAAAAGUAGAAACUGUAACAAAAUGUUGCUUUUAAUAUAAUUAUAACCUGCAGGCGACAGUGGCUACCCCCUGAGACGCUGGCUCUUCACCCCAUUUUUAAACCCGCAGAGGAAACUCAUUAUAAUGAGGUCCACUCUCGUGAUUUGCAUUGACUAUUUAUGGUUAAAAAUGGGCGUGUACAGGGCGGGAUUUGAGUCUGGUUCACGUACGCACAUCUGUGGGUGAUCUGUGAUUUAUA